CGUGGCCAUGGCGGGGUAUUUGACUCCGCGCUUCAGGAGGAUCCGCAGCCAGAGCGAGUUGCAGCCGCGGCGGGGGAGCGGGCGGCGCCGAGACUGCGAUGGUCCUUUUCAAGCAACUCAGCUGUGGAAUAGUAUUAUACAUGCCCUUCACAAUCAAGUGGAAAUCAAAAGACGUAGACAGCACCUGAAAACGUAUAGAAACUGUUUCACUGGCUCCAACGCUGUUGAUGUGGUACUGAGCCAUCUUAUGCAAAGCAUGUACCUAAGCUGCAUGGAUAUUUCUCGGCUGAAGGGGGUCCGUGUAUGCCAAGCGUUGAUGGAUCACAAAGUGUUUGAGCCAGUUGGAGCCAGGCUUUACUUAUUCAAGAAUGGGAAGGAAACAGAAUUUGAAGACACGGAUACUAGUCUGUAUAGAUUUGUAAAUAGCAGUCUUGAUCCUCUUCUUCCAAGAAAGAAUAAGGACAAUGUAAGCUUAUCUCCUGAGCAAAUCUGCAAACAGAAAACAAAACGAUGUUCCAACAGAACAAAGUGUGGCACAACACUUUCAAACCCCUUAGCAUUGGAAGCAGCUGAUAAAAAGAGGAUUGAAGAGCUUCUUCAAUCAAUAUAUGUUCAUGCAUCUUUACCUCCAAAGAUCAUGGUUAAUGAACCAACUUGCCUGCUUUCAAAAGGAGUAAUAGAAGAUGUCUGGAAACAGCAAACUCUGCUACGACUGCUGCAGUUAAUUGAUGUUCCCGUUCUAGAAGAUAUCUUGGUGUCUUCAGUGAAGACAAAAUCAGACAGUUUUGGCAAAGAAGAAGACAUGAUUAUCUCAAAUACUUUCCUGGACAGAGAGGUUACGUGUAGCUUAAACUUGCCCGAGCUUGACAGAUGGCUCUAUGCUGCAAUUGAAUGCUUGGAGUAUUUUCCUGACCAAUUCCUAGUGAUGGUUAGUCAGCAGUUACCUCAAAGCACGAACAACCCCAACAGUCUGAAUACAUACAAGAAGAUUCUUUUUGAUGUUAUUAUGAAGUAUUACAGUCAAAAGAAGGAUUCUCUUCUUGCCACUCAGGAUUUUGAUAUUCAUUCAGGAAUUAUAGAACUUAUAGAAAAAGGAAAAACAGAUCAAGCCCUGGAGGCAUUACAACUUUAUUUAAAAUUAUUAGCACCGAAUAUUAGUGAAGAACUUCACAGGCUCCUGACAUUCCUAGCCAUUGCAUCAGAAUCUGAGGGCUACAGAUUGCAAAAACAAUUUGAGAACAGAUUUGUGAUCAUCAAGACUUGUACAAAGUUCAUCUUACAAAACAGGACACUGUCAAAACCACAGGCAGAGCUGCUGACUCAGUUUCUGAUGGACAAUCACUCUGAGCUCUUCAAGGCUCCUUUGACUCUUCUGGAACUAACAAGUAGGAGACUUCAGAGUUUGCUAGAAGGACAAGAUCCAGAUAUCAAUUCAGGCUUCACCUUCUGUCAGCGCAUUACAACUAAAGAAUAUGAAGAUCAAAAGCAACAAACGAAUCAGUAUCUUCUAGCACUGAUUCAAGAGAUGGACAAUGACCCUACUGUUCCUUCAAAGCAAAAGAAGAAAUUAAUCAAAGAAUUCCAAAAAUACCAUUCUUUUGUCUACUGUAGUGGUUGUAAAACUACAUGUGAAUUUUGUACUCCAAAUGGUUAGACUUUAAUACAGCCUUUUCUAAAUCUUUUUUUAAAAGAGCGAAGGAGGCACAUGAAAAUUGCUCAUAAAAAUGUUUUUAUCUUACAUCUUUACAUCUUCAGUUUCAGGAAGCUACAACUAUCAAAAUUACUAUGCUGCUAAAAAGCAUUAAAUCUAAUUAAUCUUUUAAGCAAAAUAUCCUUAAUUAUUUGUAAAUAAGUAAUAACAGCUCACUGCUUGGGCUGCCUUGAGUUCAGGGUUUCGCACUUUUUGCCAUCUGUCCCACAACUCCAUGGCUUUCUAUCUGAGCCACAUCUAUGUUCUAAGCCAUGCUUGGGUUGAUAAUCAGUAGGGGGUUUUAAUAUUUUCUAUCUUUGAUUAAUAAUAACUUAAUCUCAUCUUAAAGUAGGUUAUAACUUCUGUAGGUAUUGUAAAAGUGUACAAAGUGUAAAAAGUGUUGGAAACAGGUCAGUGGGUUUUGAAUCUGCAGCAGGAAUGAUUUAUUAGGCAGGGGAGCUGUGCAUGCUUGCAGUUAGUAAUUACAACCUCUUGUUAGUCACUCUGGCAGACUGAGCUGCUGCUAAUUCAAGGAAAAAAUUACAUUUUGAAGAAACCGUCUCCAUGUCUCUUUGUAGGCUCCCUUAAGGUACAGGGAAGGCAACAAUUAGAUCACUCCAAAGCCUUCUCUUUUUCAUGCUGUCUCAGCCUUUUUUUAUAAUAAAUAAAUAUGUGAUAUAGUGUGAUAGGGUUACAUUGCUUCUUUCAUUCUUGCAACAGACAUUUAGUCAUGUAUUGGACAAAGACUCAAAGAGUUGGUAUUGGAAGGGACCUCUGGUCUAGUCUCACCAAUCCAGGUUGAAGUGGACUUGAUUAGUGCAGGCUGCUCAAGGACUUUUCCAGUUGAGUUUAGAAUAUUUCCAAAAACAGAUCUGUCACAGCCUCUUGGGUGAGUCUGGUCCAGACUUUCACCAGUCUCACAGUAUUUAAAAACAAGCAACCAAACCCUACCUCUACACCAAAAAGAAAAAAAAAAAAUCAAAAUAAACUGCCUUAUACUUAGGGAGAAUUUCUUGCACUGCCUCCUGUCCUUUCACUGGCACUGCUGCAGUGUCUGGCUCAGUCUUCUUCACUCCCUCCUGUGAGCACUCUCAGGGCUAAACAAUCACAGCACUCUCAGCCUCUUCCCUGUGUGACAGAUCCUCUACUCAUCUAUCAUUUUCUUGGCCCCAGUGCUGACUAGCUCCACUAUAAGCAUGAUUUUUUUUUUUUUUUUUUGUUAUGAGUGUGCUGCUUUAGGUGUCUCCAUCCUCCUGUAGGCUUCAAACAUAGUCAAGUCAGGAUACCAAAGCUUUCUUGAAACAAGUGCUGUUCUGUUUUUAAAUUGAAAUAGUUACACUCUAAGAUAUAAACAACACAACUUAUUGCCUGUACACUUAGUUAACUUUGCAUAUUUGAAGUAGCCUUAUUUAAAUUACCUGGCCCUAUUAGAAAUUAGGGAAUAUGGUUGAAACCUCUGUCCAUGAAUCCCUGUUUAUGCACUUGCUAUUAAAUGUGACUCACUAGUGUGAAAUAAAUAAUUUCUAGAGGAGAAAAAAUAUCCAAGUUUCCCCUUUCAGAGGUGAAUGCCCUAAUUCCUAUAGUACAGGGCCAUGCAUUCUUUUUCUAGCCCUAUGUAGGGUUUUGGUCAUUCUCCCAGAAGAGGGAGCAUAUAUAGAGGCAGGUUGUUGAGACUUGUAAACAGGAAAGUAUUUCCUGACUAAGUGCUUCUGGUGUUGAGUAGAAGGAAGAGGUUUUAGUUGUUUGGUUUUUUUUUUUCCUAAUCUCUCUCUCUCUGUCUUUAGUCCCUUUACUGUGUCUUACUCAAAAUACUAAACCUGGGAGGGGUCAUAACGUGGUAAUUUGUGGGCUGGGAAUUUCUUUGGGGAAAAACUGUCAUUAAAAAAAAAAAAACUUGCACUUCGUGACUUGAUUUAGAAUUUUAUUGUGCUAAUUUAAAUAUAAUAAAUAAUUGUAUAAAAAGUUA